AUGUGCCGGACGAGAGAGGACGACGGCGAAGCUUUAAGAUAUUUCAAUUGUCGUGAAGCUACCAUGACUGCUGAACUUCAAUUAAAGGAGGAAUCAAUGGGUGGAUUGGUUAAAGUUCCUUCAAACCAAUCGAUCCGUGGAGAUAAGGAAGAUGAAUCUGAUGAAUACUUCAGUAACUCAGAUUCAAUGGAAGAAACACGUUCAGAAACAAGCUGGUCUGAUUUAUCCCCUCGGGAAGUUAAUCUUCCAUCUCCCAAGUUUUCACUUGCUGUUGAGUUUUUGAGAAGAUUACAUGGUUCAGUAGUGCAGAAAAAGGGUGGUUCAGCCUUUGAUGAUGAUCUUGAAUGGCAAGAUAGUUUCUUAAGCCAUAAUGAUUCAACAUUUCCAAAUGAUCCAACUGGUGAACUCAUCAAUAGUUGGGGAGCUGCAGAUUCCUCAUCCUUUCGCAUUCGUGGUGAAACUUAUUUACAAAAUCGCAAAAAGAUUACAGGAAAAGGCACAACAAUGCAACUUGUUGCAGCCAACAUGCUGAGAUCAAUCAACAAACAAGAUGAUUUGGCUGGAAGACCUGGUAGCAUUUGUCAGAAAUUUGCAGCUGUGGAACGCCCAGAUUUCUUUUUCAUUGUAAAUAUGCAAAUCCCGGGUCCCACAUCAAUUCUUCAUAUUGCUUUCUAUUAUGCAACAACUUCUCCCAUACAAGAUGUCCCCUUACUACAAAACUUUGUAGAAGGAGAUGAUGCAUAUAGAAAUGCAAGGUUUAAGCUCAUACCCCGUGUUUCUAAGGGGCCAUGGAUUGUGAAACAAAGUGUUGGAAAUAGACCAUGUCUGUUGGGUCAAGUUCUCAAGAUCCAUUAUGUCCGUGGAGUAAACUACUUAGAGCUCGAUGUGGAUGUUGGUUCAUCUAUGAUUGCAAAAAAGGUGGCUAAUAGAGUUGUGAGUACAUUCAAUCAUUUGAUAGUUGAAUCAGCAUUUGUGAUACAGGGAAACACACCGGAGGAAUUACCAGAACAUGUGCUUGGGACAUGUCGUAUGAGCCAUAUUGAUAUAUCAAAAGUGGCUACUACAUAAUAAUAAUGGAAAAAAAAUGUUGUUGACUGAAAGUGUAAGGGGCAAAUAUGUUAAUUGUCAAGUGGAGAGAGAUGUAAGUUAACUUCCUUGAAGAGGUGAAUUUGGACACGGCUUAUAAUACUAGAUUACAGCGAUAGUGGUUAACUUUUUUUCCUUUUUUAAUUAAUUUUUAUUUCACGUUUACUAAAGCCCUGGUUAGAGGCUAAAAAUAUGAUGAACAGAAUUUAGCCACUUAACCAGAGUUAAAAAUUGUUGUUGUCAUUUGGUCCGAGUGAUGCACCCUUGCAAUCUUUGUAUCACUUUUCAAUCUUUCUUCUUACGGUUUUAGCCAACAAUUAUAUGAAUAAAAUGAUGUG